AUGAUGAAUCGGGAAAAAGGGUGGGGAAAGCUGCAGUACAUGGGAGGCUUGGGUUAUCAAGAUUCAGUUAUAGUGACCAUGAAAGGACUGGAGUUACGUCUGGUGAAAAUUCUAACUGUAUUCACAAGUAUUGACUUAUCGAGCAACCAUUUUGUUGAGGAGCUUCCAAUGGAUGUUGGAAGCCUGAAGUCACUCAAAGGGCUAAACUUUUCUCACAACAAUUUAACAGGCUAUAUCCCUCCAUCUCCUGGAAACUUGACUGAUCUCGAAUGGCUAGACCUCUCUUCAAACAAGUUCACCGGAAGGAUUCCUCGAGAACUAGCGGAUUUGACAUCUCUUGCAUUCUUGAACCUCUCGGAGAAUCGGCUCACCGGCCAUAUUCCCCGGGGACCGCAAUUCAACACAUUCAAGAAUGACUUGUUCGCCGAGAAUUCUGGAUUAUGCGGAUUUCCAUUGCCAAAGACAUGCAAGAACAGUUCACGGGAAACUCCACCAGAAACCAUCCUGCAGGAGAAUGAUACAGAGCAUGGAGGCUGGUUUGAGUGGAGAACCAUAUUGAUGGGUUAUGGGUGUGGAACUGUAGCUGGAAUCUCUCUAGGAUACAUCAUUAUCGAUUCCAAGAAACUUGAACGGCUUGCGAGAUCGUUUGACAGGAAAGGAGCUAAAAUGAGAAGGAAGUCGAGGAGGAAUGCUCGGAGAUCUUACCAAAGAUGAGAGUCUCAACUGUUUGUUCUUUGCAUUGUGAGAUGAAGAAU